AUUUCAUACAUUUCAUGAUAUCUUCAAAUCCAUUAUUUUAGAAUUCCAUAAUUUUUCUGGUGAAAUUAAAACAUAUUAAAGAUGGUACAACAUAUAGAGGAUAACGUUGCUAUACGAGUAAUUAAUGCUCACAAAUCUUACAAUGAUGGUGUUCCUAUAAUAAAUGGUUUAAAUAUGACUGUACCAAUUGGAAAAAUUUACGGUCUUGUUGGCCCCAGUGGUUGCGGAAAGACAACAUUAUUAUCUUCAAUAUUGGGUACGCAAAUGUUGGACUCGGGAAUCAUAGAAAUACAAACAAAAUCUGCUUUAGAUAUCGGAUACAUGCCUCAGGACGUAUGUUUAGAUCAAUAUCUUACUGUGCACGAAACUCUUAUGUUCUAUGGGUCAUUAUAUCGCAUGUCAAAAUUAGAUAUUAUAAAUAAUAUAUCUGAAUUAAGGAAUAUUCUGGAACUCUAUUUUCAAAAUACUUACAUAAAAAAUUUAAGUGGAGGGCAAUGUAGAAGAGUAUCGUUAGCUGUCAGUUUAAUACACAAACCGAAAAUUGUAAUUCUAGAUGAACCAACGGUUGGUCUUGAUCCUAUUUUAUGUGAUAGAAUAUGGAAUUAUUUUUCAAAUUUAGUACAAGAUAAUAAAACGACCAUCAUAGUUACUACACAUUAUAUUCAAGAAGUACAUCAAGCAGAUAGAGUUGGUUUUAUGAGAAAUGGAAAAAUAAUACAAGAAGCGGAACCUCAUAGUAUAAUGAGCAGAUAUAAUACUGACUCAUUGGAAACUGCAUUUUUAGAAUCUGUUAAUGAAACAACAGCUGUACAGGCGAGUAGACAGCUACAUUCAUUUACUAGAACUAAAUCAAAAGAUUUAUUUAAAAGAGCAAAAAAAAUUAUGUCUUUUCAUAGAGUUUUUACGCUAUUUAAAAAAAAUUGUUUAAUAUUUUCCAGAGAUAUCACGUAUUUUUUUUUAGUUAUAAUUUUGCCAAUAAUGCUUGCAAUUAUCUCUAACUAUAGUGUUGGUAGUUCAAUUGAACAUAUAAACAUAGCAUUCCUUAACGAAGAAACAAAUAAUUCAAUCUGUAAACAAUUUAACUUUCAUGGAUGCAUAUUUGACAAAGAUUCCAAAAGACUUAUGAGUUGUGAAGUAUUAAAUUAUUUAAGAAUGCUUAAAUAUGAUUUGGUGGAAUUGAAUUCGAAAAAACAAGUGAAUAGUAUUGUAAACGACUCAAGUGUGCACGCAUUUCUUUACUUUCCUUCAAAUUAUACUAGAUUAAUACAAAAAGACAUUACUAACUUGACACAUUUUUUUUCAAAUCAAUUUAAAAUUUCACAUACCAGUAACCAGAAUUAUGUAAGUUUUCAUCAAAUUAAUAGCCAUAUUGACUUUGCAUUAGAUCAUAUUAAGAAAAAUUUAAUAUCAAAUUGUACUAUUAACAAAAAAAUGACAACAACAAUUGAGACAAAUAUCAUUUAUGGUGUGAAUAUAAAAGCUAGAAAUCAAAGUAUAGUAGGACUGUUAUUAGUUGGGACGUUGUUCUAUUUUACAAGUUUCUGCACAGCAAGUUUUAUGCUUUCAGAAAAACUUAAUGGAGGUUUGAUUAGAACAUCAAUCACAGGUGUUACAAUAAUAGAAGUAAUGAUUUCUUUUUUCAUCAUUCAAUUAAUUUCAAGUGUCGUUUACGUUGCUCUAAACCUUUUACUAAUUUUUUAUUUAUUUGAUAAUUCAAUUGAAAGUACAGAGAGUUUGAUUAAUUUGUGUUUUAUAUUAUUUCUAACGGUUACUUUUUCAUUUAUAUUUGGAUUAAUUGUAGCGGGAGUGUCACAGAGCAGUCUUGAAGUUAUGUUUUUGACUUUUUCAUAUUCAUCGGGUCAGGAAUUUUUCGGUGGUUUGAUGUGGCCGAUAGAAGCUCAACCUAAGAUCAUGCAAUUUAUUUCAAAGAAUACUCCAGUGACAUUAUUAGGUCAAAUAUCCAAUGAUAUUGUGUUAAAAAAUUGGACACUAUACAAUUCGCAUGUUGCUUCGGAUUUCGUAAAAGUAUUUUGCCUUUUACUACUUCAUAUACUUUUUAUAUAUUGCCUAAAAUACAUAAAAAAAGAUCUAUGGAUCUUACGCAAAUAACUUUAAUUUAAUGAUUCACCUACAAUUUGUAUUAGACAUUUUUUAUAUUUAUGUAAUUUUAAUUAAUUGUGCGUCAACAUUAUUUUUAUGUUGUAUACUUUUAUUUAUAAAUCUUCAAAAAGUAUGUGUA